CGUAGAGGUGGGGAUGGGCCGGAGAAGUUUAGCAGCCGUGGGUGCACGCAAAUACAAGCGAAACAGAAGGCCCACGAAAGUUCCUCCUCUUCUCGUUGACCCCUCUCUGGCCUCUCUCUCAAACUGCCUCAUCCAUCCCCACCGAAGCGAUCGCCGAGUGUUUGAUGAGUGCCUGAGAGAGCGGCGUCAAUGGGUUCAUCGCCGCAAGCAUAAAGCUACCUGCCUCGCGGUGUUCGUUCCCCGGCGCUUCGACGCUGAAAGAAUGCCUGUCCGGGAGCUUCAUCUUGUUUGGACUUUUGAACGGCUAGUUUGAAGAAUUCAUCGCACUGAGAUGGAAAGAAUCAGGACCGGGAUGAUAUUUUUGCGUGUAAAAUUUCCUGCGUUUUGGGGAUCUUAUGCUGUUCUCUAUGGUUGACAAGAGUUUGCUCUUCUCAUUUGUCAGCACUGAAGAUUGAUCCAUCGACUCAUCUUGACACUAAUGGACGGGGAACACUCGGCUUUGAAGAAAAUGAGAUUGGAGGACGCAGAGGAUUCUGCGAUCAGUCAAGUGCCUGCCACGGCGUCGAGCAUGCAUCAGCAAUUGUUCUGGAGCCAGUGGCAGCUACUGGACUCCAUUCUCCCCACGGGUGGUUUCGCACACUCCUACGGCCUGGAAGCUGCUAUGCAAUCGCGCAUAGUGAACAACCAGGAAGACCUGAGGCUGUUCCUCAUCCAGGUGGUGGACAACAUUGGAAGCCUGCUGCUUCCAUUCGUGUUCUGCGCCAGUAGGUCUCCUGACGCUGCGGCAUGGGUCAAGCUAGAUCAGCUGCUGGACGCUACGUUGACGAAUGAGGUCGGCAGGAAGGCGUCCACGUCGCAAGGCUCGGCUCUGUUGAGGGUGGCCGCGUCUGUCUUCACUGAGAUCCAGCCGCUGCAGGAUCUCCGAAGGACAUUUCUCGGUUCCACAAGCGUGUCGUUUCACCAUGCCCCGAUAUUUGGGUUGAUAUGUGGGCUGGUUGGAUUUGACAGCGAGACAACGCAGCGCGCUUACAUGUUUGUGGCAAUGAGGGAUGUGAUCUCCGCCGCGACGAGGCUCAAUCUGAUAGGACCGCUUGCUGCUUCGGUUCUGCAGCACCAGGUUGCGCCUGAUGCCGAGAAGAUGCUGCAAAAGUGGAGGGACCGUGAUGUCUCUGAAGCAUCACAGACUGCGCCGCUGCUUGACGCGUUGCAAGGCUGCCAUGCUUACAUGUUCUCUAGGCUGUUUUGCUCUUGACAGUGAGGUUGCUGAAUGCAGUUUGGUGUACUUCUGUUCACAGUUUUACCCUGGAGAAGUAGAAGAUUACUAGCUUUUCCUAAAGAAAAAUGGCAUCAGAAGAUUGCAAGCAUCUCGAGGACAGAUCCCAGUAUGAUUAUUUAUUAUACUUGCAGGCAAGAUUUUACAACAAUGCCAAUAACCCAAUAGUACAUUAUGUUCAUGUGUGAGCCCCCUCUACCAUCUAUUACACCAUCAUACAUAGGAUACAUCUGUCUUCAGCUUCACCAAAUACAAAAAUGAUAUAAUUGUGUCCCAUAUUACAAAGAACAUUGUUCUCUUUUGCUCCAUGACACAAAGUACUAGAUCCGUUGCUUGAGCUCCAGAUUCUAUCUUUAAUGCAAUAACAGAUUGCUUGGCUUCAUGGGAUUUCUCAUGCUCUCCAUAGAUCUGAACAACUCGGAGAAGUUGCCUUGCCAAACCCGCCGCAGCCACCAUCCUGAUACUCUCGUCCAUCUCCAUGCGCCCGAUCCUUUGGAUCAUCCCCAAGAAUCAGGUUGGCCUGAACAUAGUAGAUAAAGAUUUGGAAUCACAGAGAGUAGAUAAAGAUAGCAAAGAUGCUGUCUGAAGUCAGUACGGCACUGAACCUCAAGUCACUGAAUUAUGAAAUACUCCCUCCUUCCCAAUAUCUAGUGUACCAUCUCCCGAACCCAAACUUUUUUAGAUAACUGUCAAUAAUGGUAUGUAGUACACCAUGCAACGAAUUGUGAAGUUGGAUACCUUGGCCUUUUACUAUGCAAGGAGCUUUAUCCCCCUUUAAAGCUGUCCCGAUCUUCAUAAAGAUGCAUCAUGCAUGGCUGCACUAAAAAGGGUUUCAGUUGGAUACACAUGCACCAUUUGAUGCAGAACUCAAAAUCGGUUCUUCUUUAUUUUACUUGCAAGCAAGAUUGUACAACAAUGCCAACAGUACAUUUUGUUCAUGUGUGAGCCCCCUCUACCAUCUAUUACACCCAUCAUACUACAUAGGAUACAUCUGUCUUCAGCUUCAUCAAUAUAACAUCUGAUACAAUUGCGCGC